UACCGUAAGCAGCAGUUCAACUAACGGGUCCUCGGCUACGGCACCGAAUCCGGCGGCGCCUUUACUGCCGACAUUACGGUCGUUACGCACCGACAUGCGUCCGUCGCAGCAGCAGCAGCAGCAGCAGCAGAACGGAGAGAACCGAGCUUGUCUUUUGGUGGCGACCACGGACACCGGAUCAGAUUCGUCGUCUUAGACGCGCUGUCGACGGCCGUGUGAACAUCUGGGGCCAGGUGUGCCACUAGGCAACGCGGGAAGGGGAUGCGAGGGGUCGUUUCACGUCCAGCCUGGUGGGCUGCGGUUGUUAGCAUGUGGCUAACGUUAGCUGCUGCGCUCGGACAGAAAUAGCUCAGCCUCGCUCCGGUGUUUUAGAACCGGCUCCGUGUGCCGCCCGUGGGCUCGGUUCUCAGCAGUUCCUCUGGAAUGCAUCUCUCCAAGAAAUGCUCCGUCUUCAAAGUGGUGCUGAGUGCUCUGCUGAUCGUGGCGCUCCUGCAGCUGAUCUACCUGUCCUUCUUGUCCAGGUUUCACGGUAAGCAGCAGCGGUACCGGUACUCGGAGCUCUUCGGGGUCAAGAAGAAUGGGCACCCGGAGAAAAACUCCCGGAAGGAGCGUCUGAGGUACUCGCUGUCCACCGGCGGGAUCUUCGACCACAGCGGUCAGUACCGGGUGUACAAGUACCUGGUCAAAAGUGACUUCACCACAAACCUCAAGCCGGGAACCGACCCGGGGUCCAACGUCCUGGCCCUCGCCACGCACACGACCAUCAACAACCUGCAUCACCUGGAAUCCCUCGUGGAGAGGUGGCACAACCCUCUCGCCGUGGCCAUCUUCGCACACGGGGAAGAUGUCAAGUUCGCCACGGCGCUGGUCUACGCCCUCAGCUUCUUCUGCCCUCAGAUCCAAUCCCUGGUGGACUUCCACCUGGUCUGCCUCUCCGGAGAGAUGGCCAGUUUCCCCGAGCAGGACCGCGAGCACUUUGCGGGUCUCGAGGACUGCGCCUCGGUGUUCUCCAGACUGGAGACGCACCGGGACAAACACAAGAACUACGCCAUCGGCGGGAACGUCUCCUACCCCAACAACCUCCUGCGCAACGUGGCCCGGGGCGGCACGCAGUCCUCCUACGUCCUGGUCCUCGACAUCGACAUGAUGCCGAGCGCCGACCUGCACCAGCAGUUCCUGGCCAUGAUCCUGGGCCGCGGGCCGACGGGCGACGAGGUCUUCGUGCUGCCCGCCUUCGAGAUCCGCCACGCCCGGAAGAUGCCCGCCAACAAGGCCGAGCUGGUGCAGCUGUACCAGGUGGGCGAGGUGCGUCCGUUCUACGAGGAGCUGUGUCCCCGCUGUCAAGCGCCCACCAACUACUCGCGGUGGGUCAACAGCCACGUCCGGGAGCCGGGCCCGCUGGCGGCCGCCUACACGCUCACCUGGACGGACCCCUGGGAGCCCUUCUACAUCGGGCCCCGCGCCGCGCCGCUCUACGACGAGAACUUCAAGCAAUACGGCUUCAAUCGCAUCAGCCAGGCCUGCGAGCUCCACGUGGCCGGCUACAGGUUCUCGGUGCUGAGCUCGGCCUUCGUGGUGCACCGGGGCUUCAAGAUCCAAGGGGAGUUCCACGCCAGGAAGGACGAGGAGAACAAACGCAACCGCGUGCUGUUCCGCAGCUUCAAAGAGGGCCUGAAGACCAAAUACCCGUCCUCCGGCCGCCGGUGCUGAGGCGGCACGCGGCCGGGGCCGCCGGUUCAGGACUCAGAAGACACAUUUUCCCCUUUUUUUUAAAAAUGAUGAUUAUGACUGGGCGAGCUUUCCACACCCGGAAUCAAAAGUCUCCUGACUGUAGAAACGCAGACGGCACAAUCGGUCUUCCAUCACUUUACGUUGAUGUUUCCUUCCGAUCGUCAUGGCGACCAAUGGCCACCAGGGGGCAGCAGGCACUCGAGUGUCGAGGGCGCCGCUAAAACUUCACGCGGGGGACGUCGGCCGCGGAAAUACCGCCGCGAUUAACAAACCGCGCGUUUUAAGUUUGUGGAACCAGACGACGGCGGUCACAAGGGUUGUCGGCUCAACGCCACCAGAAUAUGUGUGAAAUGAAUGGUUUUAUACUGGUGUUGUUCGUUAAGCUACUGGUACAUACACACAGCACACGCACUGAAAAGCUGCUGCUACUAGAUUAUGUUUGGUUAUAUUGAAUUAUCUCAUUGACGUGUAAUUGUCGACACACAGUGUUAGUGAUAUUUAUUGUGAAGAUGUUUUUUAAGUGACUCUCGGCAGGAAAACUGUAGCACGAAAUGGUGUUUGGUGCAAAAAUCUGUUGUUGUGGAAUCAUUUCUGUUUAACGAACGAGUAAUUUUCCUUUGGUAUUUUUGGAGUAUUAUCAGUUUCAACGUAUUACCUGUGUGAUGAUGUGAACUACUCUAUUUCUCUUAUGUGUUUUCUUGAAAAAUAAUUGUAGUAUUUAUCUUUUGGUUUCAUGUUCCCAAAAUAUAAAACCCGAUUUGUACUGUUGGAAUUUCUAUUAAACCCACAGGAUUAUUUUUUGUUUA